GACGUCAUCGCGGCAGAACGUAAAGCCGAAGCGUGCGUGCCACUCCGGGACGAAGAGCCGCACGCGGGAUGCGUGGGACAUAAUGGUGGAUAGGUAACGUUAGUGGAAACAGUCCGCAGCUGAAAGAGAGUAGACCAAUUUGUCGGCCGUUUCCCACCGCCGUUGCCUCGGACCCUCUGAUUCCACAGCCGUACCCGAAGGACUGCGACGGAAAAUGCCGAAUAUCAAAAUAUUCAGCGGUAGCUCGCACCCGGACCUGUCUCAGAAAAUAGCAGACCGCCUGGGUCUGGAGCUGGGGAAGGUCGUCACGAAGAAAUUCAGCAACCAAGAAACCUGCGUGGAGAUCGGAGAGAGCGUCCGUGGGGAGGACGUCUACAUCGUCCAGAGCGGCUGCGGGGAGAUCAACGACAACUUGAUGGAGCUGCUCAUCAUGAUCAACGCCUGCAAGAUCGCCUCUGCCUCCAGGGUCUCUGCCGUCAUCCCCUGCUUCCCGUACGCCCGGCAGGACAAGAAGGACAAGGUGGGGAGCCGUGCCCCGAUCUCUGCCAAGCUGGUGGCCAACAUGUUGUCCGUGUCCGGCGCUGACCAUAUUAUCACUAUGGACUUGCACGCCUCACAGAUACAAGGAUUCUUUGACAUCCCCGUGGAUAAUUUAUAUGCAGAGCCAGCUGUGCUGAAAUGGAUCAAAGAGAACAUCCCUGAAUGGAAAAACUGUACCAUUGUUUCGCCAGAUGCAGGCGGAGCCAAAAGGGUCACCUCCAUAGCAGACCGGUUGAAUGUGGAUUUUGCUCUCAUUCACAAGGAGAGGAAAAAGGCAAACGAGGUGGACCGCAUGGUUCUCGUCGGUGACGUCACCGAUCGGGUCGCUAUUCUGGUGGAUGACAUGGCUGACACGUGUGGCACAAUCUGUCAUGCUGCUGACAAGCUCAUUUCUGCAGGGGCCACCAAGGUGUACGCCAUCCUGACACAUGGCAUCUUCUCUGGCCCAGCCAUCACACGCAUCAACAAUGCCUGCUUCGAAGCUGUGGUGGUCACCAAUACGAUCCCUCAGGAGGAGAAGAUAAAGCAUUGUCCUAAAAUACAGGUUAUUGAUAUCUCCAUGAUCCUGGCGGAGGCCAUCCGUAGAACCCACAACGGCGAGUCUGUGUCGUACCUUUUCAGCCAUGUGCCCUUGUAACGAGCGAUGUCUCCUAUGUGCUGUGUGCCGUUUCACCAAAUAAGAGAAGAGGGAAUUCUACGACAAACGACCAUUCGCAAACAGAUGUUCCGCUAACUAACUGGAAAAUGAAUGAAUUGUCGUGUUAUUGAUAACGCUGACCCCCCCCGACCCCCGUCAGUCCUUUUAGCGUGUCCCCCCCCGAGCAGUGGCCAGCAUAUUUAUUGUUGUAUUGUACCGCCCCCUCCCUUAACAUUAAGGUAGAGUUUCUCCUGACCAUAUUACCUCUCCAGAGGGACGUACUACAGAGCCGGGGUUCUUUGGCUCAGCGGCCUCAACAAAAAGCCUGAUCAGAGCUGAGGGGAAAGGUGUCGUCAACUUGCUUCUUUUUUGACUCGAGCUUUCUUUACUACACUCCAGUGGGCUUUUCCAUGGAAGCAAUUUUACUCAUUUACAGGACCAGUCGCAUGCAGAAUACCACUGCCUGUAGAUUAAAACAAAACUGUUUCUACAGGCCAGAUAGCUGCUGUGUUAAAUUGUUAAUAUUUUUAUUUUCCCACUCGUUGCAUCUGCAACGCAUAACUUUAUAUGCAGAACUUUAUUAUUUUUAACAUGACUGUUGCGCAUUUUAAACCUUCAUCUUUAGACGUGAUGUUGCCGAUCUAAACCUUAUACUCCAGGUUUGCAUUUAGGUGACACCGCAUCAUGAGCGACGGCCAAAUCAAAUGGAAAGGAAUUGUAUUGACUGCAUAGUAACGGUGGUAAAUUCCCACAGAUUUCUAUCUUUUCUAAUCCGUGUUCUAUUGGCUGCAGCACCAAGACUAUAGAGCAUUUCAUAUGCGAGUAGAGCGCAUACUGAUAUUAUGCUUAACUGCUCUGGAUAUUACUUGUGAUUUUCAUAGAAUGAUUUACUUCAAGUCAAUAUGGCCGAAGGGCCUGACAACACAACGGUGGUGAUCUAGCUCAACAACUUUCCAAAUUCCCUGAGUGCAGAAUGUAUCUCAUAGAUUGAGUAGUUGUGCCGGUUGUUUCUCCCCAAAUAUGUUGAUUGGUAGAAGGCCGCUUCCUUUCUUGAUUCUACCAACCGCACUAAUCUUGCUUCGUAGUACAUCCCUCAGGUUUUUAUUUCAAUGUGUCCAGGUGGGGGGAGAGGAGGGUGUGUCCGUGUGUGUGUCCGUCCCCGUCCCUGACUGGUUCCAGUGGUCAGGAGAAGCAUCAUCCAUAUUAAGCUGUUACAUAACAACAUAUUGUUAAAAAUGAACGAGUAGUUUUUCAUGUUGCUCCUGUGUUCUCUGCUAUUUGAAAGAAUAUAAUUAAUUGAAGUGAAUGUGUAUAAAACUAGUUUACAGUGCGACUGAAGCUCCAGACAAGCCAAGAUUGCCUCAGCAGUCUAAUGGAAUAACUUAAUUUCCUCCAGCCCUGCUGCUAUACCCCCCUCCUCCCCCCUUUAGCUGAGUUUUAUUUUCCAACUGGAUGAAGAACUUUCUUGUGUUUUUAUCAGGCACUAAAAGAUGUUUGGGAUGUCUCUUUCCACUCCUGAAACGGACUGGGGUUUGCACAGUGGCCGGGGUUCACCUCUUGCCGGUUCUGUGUUGACGGGCCUUCUGUAGAGAGCCUGUUGAGAUUUUAGUUUGGGGUCUCUGCAGGCUGGAGCUUCAUUAAGAAAUGUUCACCUGCUAUUUCAUUUUUGGUAUUUUUGUAUGAUUGGAGAAAAUGAUUUGUCAUUAAUGUGCAUUUCAAAAUCUUUGUUUCCUUUUUCAGUAUAGGGUGAAUCCACCAGUUAUCUGAUGUGUUCUUAAUAAAAUAUGCCUAAAAGCCUGGCUUUUUUUUCUG